CCCAAGCCCAAGCCCAAGCCCACCAGACCAGACUUCACCACACCACACAACAUCACACUACACCACAUCAAGCGCAACAUGGCAACCCGAAUGGCUUCCUCGACCGUCGCCGCCGCCUCGUGCGGGGGCGCACACACGGCACACACGGCACACAGCCUCCUCCCCCACGCGGCCUCGGCGGCGGCGGGCCAGCUGGUCCAGCCGCACCAGCACCAGCACCGGGGGAAAGCGUCCUCCCCCGCUUCUGCUGCGUCGGCACGGGCCCACCAGGUCCCCAACCGCUUCACGGUGGCCUUUGCCGAGAUGAAGCGGGUCUGCCCGGCCUCGAUCUCCUCCUACGCGGCCUGCGUCCUGGAGGCGGAGGGAUCCUCGUCGGCCAUCGAGAGGGGCUCGUGCUCGGAGGAGUUCCGGAGGGUCAAGGACUGCUUUCGAAAGGUCCGGGGCUUUUGAGGAACGAACGAACCGGGGAAGCAAGCAAGGAAGGAAGGAAGGAAGCAAACGCAAGCAAG